CUGUGUGCUUAAAAGGAGGACGCCCGGGUCACUUAACCCCGCUAAAACAGUAAAACAGGUGAUAAAACUCAAACUUCCCGUCACAAUGCUGAACUGCUCUCUGUACUGAACUGGUCGCCGUGAUUUAGCCAAGACAUGUUCCUGGAUUAACAUUAUUGUCCAAAAAUAUAGGUGUUGAUACAGGAACAUGUUGUACUUGGUGAAAUCACGCUCACCGGACUGGACUACAGUUUAUGACUCAGUUGAAUGUGAUGCUCAGAUUCACAAACCAGCUCCACGCCCACCAAACAAAAGCGGAGGGCGACUCACGCGCUGGACGAAAAACUCGGAUUUGUCCUCGAGAACAAGUUACAAGAGAAAGAACAUGCGGGGAAACGUGAAUUCUGGCUUUGUUAUGGACGUUAUCGAGCUGGAGUCGUUUGUGAGCAGCCCUCCUGCUGGAUUCAGUGUCGAGAACCGCGCGGGCUGCAGAGUCGUGAAAUGGGAUCAGGAGAACAGCUGCGUGUUCAUCGAUGAGAUCCAGUCUAGCAAGGGGAAAGUGAUUUUCUUUAAUUCUCCGGGAAGGAAAGUCAUAGUACGUACUUUGAGGGAGUACACAGAUUUGAGACGACAGCUAACGUCAAAAACAAUUUACAUCCUGGUGUCUGCGUGCACCAAAACAGAGGUCGAAGAAAAGAGACAGAGGGAUGUUCCAGUUGUUGGGUAUUAUGUGGUGGCGAUCAACGGCAGUCAUCCAAUGAUCAGAUGGGAGAUGGAAAGAGGCUUAGACAUGACUAUUUCAUCUGUUGCUGGAGAAAGUUAUACAGUUGAUGUUGAUGUUAGUGCUGCAAUACAGGGAUGGGUCGGUGAGAGCCUUCAAAUCCUUGUUGAUGCAGAAAAGGUAAAACCUAUCUGGAAAGAUGCACAUUUCACCAUCAAGUACCGUUCUGACGCCCUUUUUGACUUUCCCUACUGGUUUGGUUUCAGCAAACGACAGUUCAAGGUCACGUACCAUGGAAGAUGAGAUCAACACCCACAAUGUUGUGUGAAACAGCAAAUAUCUACUGCAAACAGGCUUCAGUCUGUGGAAAUUGAAGCCCUGCACAGAUGAGGAGACCAUUAAUGCACCUUAAAGGACAGUCUUACUGUAAAUUGAACUUUAUUUUGCUCAUGUCAGCAGUCAUACAAAAAAAAAAUCACAAAGAAAAGGAGAUCAAUGGAACAUAAUCUUAAUUAUAAAUCUGUUGAAGCAGAAAGGUCAAUUUCAUAAAUCCUCACAUUGUAAACAAACUCAAGAUAGGUACAAUACUUCUCUCUAUGCAAAAGUGCCUGAAUGUGUUACCUU